AUGAAACUUGGAGUCCUUUUGCUUUGUGUCCUUCUGUACCUUACCACUGGAGGUUGUGAUCGGGUAUACGUUCACCCCUUUUAUCUGAUUUCCCCUGAAAAUACUGCUGCCAACAGCUGUAAGGAGCUGGAAGAAAGAGAACAGCUGGUGAAGGUGUUUGUUCCCCUCUCCAUUGAAUCCCAUUUCACUUCAAUAUAUGAAGAGAGUCUGAGGAACAAGAGUGAGGAAAAAGAGAAACACUUGGGUGUGACGUUCUUAAAAUACCCCAUUUAUGUGGUUGGGGGCCGUUUUUACAAAGAGCUGAAGAAAAUACAUGGAGGCAGCAACAUUGUUCUUUCUCCUAUAUUCAUAUAUGAGUCUCUAUGGUCCAUUUAUUUAGGGGCUUCUGGACAAACAGCAACCGAUCUGCAGAUUUUAUUAGGGUUCUACCUGCCAUUCAAUGACUCAAGGUGUAUGUUCAAAAUAGAUGGACGUAAAAUUCUAUUUGAUCUGAAGAUUAUCCUGAAUGCCCCUUUACGCUCCAGGGACCCAGAGGGACUGUUUUUCUCCAAGUUUUUGUGCCUUUUCUCUGCUCCUGGUACCCAUUUAUCUGAGCCUUUUGUCCAUGAAUUGGCCUUUCCAGAUGUUAAUUUCCAUGUUCGAGCUGUGGAUUUCACCAACCCCACAGAGGCCACGAAACAAGUAAAUGCUUUUGUCGAAAAAAAGAGCAGACACAACACCAAGAGUCUGCUGGCUGACAUUGAUCAGGAAACCACUCUGCUGAUGACAACGUACACUCAUUUCAAAGCUGUAAUAAAUGGAGCGUCCCCACUCAAAGAACCUCAAGAAUUCUGGCUUGAUUCCCAUACUAAGAUCUUUGUUCCUAUGAUGACAGUAUCUGGAAUCUUCAAGUAUAAAAAUCAUCCAGGAUUUUCUAUUGUUAAAAUUCCUCUCAACAAGAGUGUAUUUCUGCUGCUUUUACAGCCUAACAGUGAGCUACCUAGUGAUGAAGAUCUGUAUUCUUUGAUACCUUCUUUGGAAUGGCUUGAAGACUUGCAAUCAAAACAAAUUCACCUGACUUUUCCAAGGGUGUCUUUUACAAGCAUAUACAGCCUUCAAGAACUCCUUGUGAAACUGGGGAUGUCUAAUCUGCUCGGAAAAGAAGCCAGUUUCAGAUUGCUAAGCAGUAGUAAUGUGACCAAUGUAAAGAUCAUAAAUCAGCAACUUUUUGAGCUCAGCCCCAGUGAAGAUCAAGUAGAAGCUCACACAGAAGAACAUGCUGGCGAGACACUUAAAAUAACAUUGAACAAGCCAUUUCAUUUUGCAGUGUGUGAAAAAGAAUCGGAUGUAUUGAUUUAUUUUGGCCAAAUAACAAAUCCCCUACAAGAAACAUAA